UAUAUGUUGUUUAUUUACAGGGAAAGGUCUAUUUAUUUGACAAAGUCUUCAAACCGAACGCUUCUCAAGAAAAAGUAUACAAUGAAGCAGCCAAAUCUAUUGUCUUGGAUGUACUUUGUGGGUACAAUGGGACAAUAUUCGCGUACGGCCAGACAUCGUCUGGUAAAACACAUACGAUGGAAGGAGUUAUCGGUGAUCAGAUGAAACAAGGUAUUAUCCCUCGGAUCGUCAACGAUAUCUUCAACCACAUCUACGCAAUGGAGGAAAACCUCGAGUUCCACAUUAAAGUUUCCUAUUUUGAAAUCUACAUGGACAAAAUCAGAGAUUUAUUAGACGUGUCUAAAGUCAAUCUGAGUGUCCAUGAAGAUAAAAAUAGGGUUCCGUUUGUAAAAGGUGCUACUGAAAGAUUUGUUUCAAGCCCUGAUGAAGUCUUUGAAGUUAUUGAAGAAGGCAAAGCAAAUAGGCACAUUGCCGUAACAAAUAUGAAUGAACACAGUUCUAGAAGUCAUAGUGUAUUCUUAAUCAAUGUAAAACAAGAAAAUUUAGAAAAUGAGAAAAAGCUUUCAGGCAAACUUUACCUUGUAGAUUUAGCUGGUAGCGAAAAAGUAUCUAAAACCGGUGCAGAAGGAACUGUACUGGAUGAAGCAAAAAAUAUAAAUAAAUCGCUCUCUGCGCUCGGAAACGUCAUUUCAGCAUUGGCCGAUGGAAAUAAAAGUCAUAUUCCAUACAGAGAUUCCAAGCUCACGCGUAUUCUUCAGGAAUCACUCGGAGGAAAUGCCAGGACAACAAUUAUAAUUUGUUGCUCUCCUGCAUCUUUCAAUGAAUCUGAAACUAAGAGUACUCUAGACUUUGGCCGAAGAGCAAAGACCAUCAAGAAUGUUGUUACUGUCAAUGAAGAAUUGACAGCCGAGGAAUGGAAGCGUCGGUAUGAAAAGGAAAAAGAGAAGGUCGGUAGGCUGAAGGGCAAAUUAGAAAAACUAGAAACCGAACUUGCCAGGUGGAGACAAGGUGAGACUGUAAAUCCUGAAGAACAGGUCAACUUCCAGGAACCGCUUGAAGCAGUCACUCCUGUUGCCACCACAGAAAUAAUAAAACAAGUUCCUGCUUCUCCAAGUAUAAUGCUUGGAUCACUUAGUAAUGAAGAAAGGCAGAAACUCGAGGAAGAAAGGGAAAGGUUGUAUCUUCAACUGGACGACAAAGAUGAGGAAAUCAACCAGCAGUCUCAGUACAUUGAGAAACUUAAGGAACAAAUGAUGGAACAAGAAGAGUUGAUAACCUCGACAAGAAGGGACUAUGAACUUCUCCAGCAAGAAAUGAACAGGAUCACACAAGAGAAUGAGUGUGCUAAGGAAGAAGUCAAAGAGGUGCUUCAAGCUUUAGAAGAGCUGGCUGUGAAUUACGAUCAAAAGAGCCAAGAAGCAGACACAAAGAGCAAGGAGAAUGAAAGUUUGACAGAAGAAUUGCUUACAAAACAGUCUGCUCUUAACAACAAGGCAUCGGAACUGCAGCAGUUGAAGGACAUGUAUACUCACCAAAGAAAGAGAAUAACCGAAAUGCUGACAAAUCUUCUGAAAGAUCUUUCUGGAAUCGGUGUGGCAAUUGGUGGUGGUGAUAAUGAAAUUAAGAUUUCAUCUGAUUCGAAUGGCAAGAUUGAAGAAGAAUUUACAGUUGCUCGACUUUACAUCUCUAAAAUGAAGUCUGAAGUGAAGAACUUAGUGCAGCGGUGUCAAGGGCUUGAAACUUAUCAAGUUGAUUCAAACAAAAAGAUUUCUGAGUAUGAGAAAGACCUUGCUGAAUGCCGGCUUCUGAUUUCUCAACACGAAGCUAGAAUGAAAUCGUUGCAGGAGUCGAUGAAGGAGACUGAAAACAAGAAACGCACUCUUGAAGAACACUUGGACACUCUCAGAGAAGAGUGUGCUAAAAUGAAGGCUGCAGAACAAGUACAUGCAGCCUCCAGUAAGGAAAAGGCUGAAGAACAGAAGAACGAGGCAACCAUGCGACUUGCUUUUGAACAGCAAAUGGACCAACUUAGAGAGACAUACCAGAAGCAAAUCACUCAGCUCAGAGAUGAAAUUGCUGAAAAACAAGACAGUGUUAACAUAGUCAAAGAUGAGAACCAAAAAUACACAUUGGCUCAUCAACAGCUCCUUGCUGAUUAUGAAAAACUCAAGUUGGAGGAGCAAGAGAAGAGCAACAAGCUACAAGAAUUGAUGUUGGCUGUCGAAAGGAGAGAGCAAGCAAGAAAGGAUUUGAAAGGGCUCGAAGAGACUGUCGCCAAAGAGCUACAGACGCUUCACAACUUGCGCAAACUCUUUGUUCAAGAUCUUCAAGCCAGGAUCAAAAAGUCUAUGUCUGUUGAAGACGAGGACGACGGUGGCUCACUGGCCCAGAAGCAGAAAAUCUCCUUCUUAGAAAACAACCUUGACCAGCUAACCAAAGUUCAUAAACAACUCGUCCGUGAUAACGCCGAUCUACGGUGUGAACUUCCUAAACUAGAAAAGAGACUAAGAGCAACAAUGGAAAGGAUAAAGGCUCUGGAGUCAGCCUUGAAAGAGGCCAAGGAAGGAGCGAUGAGAGACAGGAAGAGAUAUCAGUACGAAGUAGAUAGAAUUAAAGAGGCUGUGAGGCAAAAGAAUCUUGCCAGGAGGGGACCGAGUGCAAUGAUCGCUAAACCUAUUAGAGCUGGUCAGCCUCACGUGACAGGCGGGAUGGGUCAGGGAAGGGCUGCAAUAAUCUCGCCCAUCAAAUCCAACGCAGAUGAAGAAAUGCGUAAACGCAAAGCCCUCAACAAUGAAAGCUGAACAAAGGACAACAUUGUCCUUUAAAAUAGAUUUUAGUCUAUAGCACCAGUCACACACUAUACAUAAGAUGAUGUAACCUUUAAAACAAAAACAAAAAAACCUUAUUUUGAAUAAUUUUCCUAACAUUUGUGUUAAAUAUUGAGAGAGAGGUGUAUUGUGUGUUCCCUUUUUUCCGGUGCUUACCUUCCUCGGUGCAGUUGCACAUGAAUGUGCUUUGUGCAAUCGUUUGUUUCUUUUUCUUUUAUUUUUUAACAUCUCGUUCCGACCAAAGAAUCUCUUCUUAUCUCAAACAAAAACUCCCCUUUAUGUGAAGAGAUAAAGGGAACCAUUUAUAAUGAACAACAAAUAAAAUAAUAAAAUUUAAAAAAAAAAUUGUUAUAUGUAUCAUUAAAUGUAUAAAAUAUAUUUAAAAGAAAGGAACUUUAUCUAAAGAUAUGCUGCUUUUUUUGUGGUAAAUUAAUUUGUGAUUUUACACUGAAGGGCACACAUUGUUAGAGACAAUAAUAUAGGCUCGAUUUAAUUUCAGUGCAUUCUAUAUGUCGGAAUUCACACAUUUGAAAUUAUUUAAGACAGGUUUUCUAAUUGUCUUGAACUAAAAAUCAGAUACAAUCAAAUAUUCAUCCUUUUUGAGUAUUUAUAGCUUGGAACUUUUUUUUAAGGAUAAACAAAUAUUUUUUAAAAAUUGCUUCUAAAAUAUGCAGCAUAACACCCAAUCAUAGGAAGUUUCAAAGUGUGUGCCCCCGAGUUCGAUACAGCGUCACUGUUAACACAUGAACACCAUUUAGUUACUGUUUUGAUUGUGUAGACUUACAGUAUGGGUUUUCUUUCCUGAAUUGAAAUUUUAUUUUCGAGAUAAAAUCUCGCCUAAUUUCGUUCAAAAAACCGUAUACCCAGUGUAAACAUAUACUUAGACAGUGAGGGCUAAGUUGUGAUUUUCCUGCGUACCGUUAAGUUCGAUAUAGUCGAAUUCAGCAUGUCUGAGUUUUUGUUAUUAAAUUUGUUUAAAUGUGUUACAAGUAUUUGUUCGAUUGGAUACUGUAUAAAAGUAUUUUAAUUUAUUUUAAAUUUUAAAAAACAGCUUUAGGGAGAAGAGAAAAAUUACAUUUCCGUCUAAUUUAUAUUGUAUAUUGUAAUUAUUAUUAAAAAUGAGAAUAAGCUUUUUAGUUAAUUUAUUAUGUCAAUAAUUUAUUUACUUUUGUGUGCUAAUGAACUGUGUUGAAAACAUUAUUAUUAAUCUCUGUAGAGUAUUUGUAUAUUCCACUGUCUGAAAGUGGUGCCGUUUCUCAAUGCUAUGUUUUAGAAUUUACAUAGAAAGAAAAUUAUUAAAAAGUUUAAUUACUAAAAUUUAAAUAUUAAAAAAAAAAGUCGAAUGCCUUUUUUCUAUUUUUGCAAAAUAUAUUAGAGCGUAUUAAUUUCUUCAGUCCUAAAUGAAAACAAGUACUAGCAUUAAAACUGUAUCAGUCACUGGGCAUUAGUGCAAACAAUUUGAGUGUGAUACUAGAAGAAAAAAAAAAGUAUGAUGAUUGUUCUUGCUCAUUGUUCUUUGUUUUUCAAUUGUAAUUCAUAAAGUGAAAAAUAACACGAUUAACUAAUAUAUUUUAAUUUUUAAUAUAUGUUACAUCAUUCCUCUGUAUUUUCAGUCUUACGCUUUGUACUUAUUAUUUAGUCUCGAAGCCAGACAUUAUAUAUAAUAAAUAUCUAUAUAUAUUGUUUAUAUCACAGCUCCACCAGCUUCUUAAUAAGUUUAGAUUUGUUUAUUGCCUUUUUAAGCCUUACCCCGAAUUAGUUUUUAAGAAUGAAAAUGAAAUAUUAUAAGAACAAGGAGUUAUUAAAAGAAGAAAGUAUAGACUUAUUUUUUGAGAAUAUAAAAGUGUGAAAGGGUGAGAUUGCAUUUGUAACAAAUGAAAGGUUUAAGAAAACACGUGUACACAAAUUUUAAUAAGCAAAGAAAACACAAUUGUAUGCUUGGCGCACUUUAUAUAAUGGUAAAUUUUUGGGGCCUGUGGAUCCAAUAUAAUCUCAACAUUUUCUGGAAGAUUGGUUUAAAUUAAAUUUAAUUAAUAAACGGCAAUGCUUACUUUUGGUAUUUUGUAUUUUUAUUACAAGCUUCCUAUUCAUCAUUAUUAUUCUCAUAUUAUUAUAUAAUUUAUUAUUCAUCAUUAUUAUUUUUUCAUCAACUUGGUAGACAAUUUUUUUAAAAUUUAUAGCUGGUUUUGUCAAAAUAAUGACAUGUAGCAAACCAUGACAAUUGUUGAACCUGCAUCGGGUCAAUCUACUCUCAUGAGCCAUCAUUGUGAUAUUUAUUUCUUGUUAAUUUAUUUUAUUUAUUUAUUUUUUAAAUAACCCUUUAUCCAAGAUCCAAUAUAUAAACAACUUAAUUUAUGCGUAUUUUAAAAUUUCAAUCCUCUUAUCAUAUAUUAUCUAUCAUUUUUUGUCAAUUAAUUCAUUGGCUUGUGAAUGGUGCUAUAGUGAAAUUCUAUUAGACACAAAC